AUGGUUUGUGGUUCUACGCCACGUGUGUUUUGAAUCUGGCGAUCGAUUUGUUUUGCUCCGACGCAGGCGUCGGAGAAGAAGCUGUCGAACCCGAUGCGGGAGAUCAAGGUGCAGAAACUCGUGCUCAACAUCUGCGUUGGGGAAAGUGGAGAUCGACUCACCAGGGCCGCCAAGGUAAGCCUUUCUUUCUCUGUCUCAAACAGCGCACCAGUCCCCAGGACACCUAUUCUUUCUGGAUGUAGAGUAUCUAUCCGUGGAUGAUUGAUGUCGGAAGGUCAUAGUAGAGAACGGGAAGGUUUGUUGAAUGUAGGGAGAGUGAUUUGAUGGCGACUAGUACGUUUUUGCUGUUGAUAGUUGGCGGAUAAGCAGAUGGAAACUUUUUAAUCCACAUCAUCCCGAGGCAGUCUGCCUGGUUGUGUUAGACGACGGAGCGUUUGGAAUUGCCUGACGUCUGGGGGUUAUUUGCCUGAAUUGAUAGCCGCCACUGUGCUUCCAAAUUGGUAUAUGUGGGCCCCAUCGAUUAUUUCGACGGGAUUGUAAGUCUUACAAUGGAAUGUCGAGGCAUGAUCGUUUGCACUUCCUAUACCUGUUUGAUACUCCGACUCUAGGACUUGCUUCUCAGUUUGAUAUCAUUGCAUUGGUUGAGAUUUUCGUAUUCAUUUCUUUUCCAUCUGGCAUUGUUGUAUCAUAAACCAAUGUAGUCUGUGUCGUUUUUUGGCACGGAGAUUUAUAAUCACCAUCAUUAGUAAAUUAAAGUCUUACUGAUUUUAUGCUAUUUGAGAAAGAAUAUGAUGUCUUUAUUUGGUACAUUUGAACUUCCAGGUUUUGGAACAGUUGAGUGGCCAAAGCCCAGUGUUCUCAAAGGGUAAGUAAUUGAAUAGUGUAAUAAUGUUUAUGUGCAAAUUGGAUAGUAAAGCUAGAACCUGCUGAUGUACCUCUGUUUUAUGGCAGCUAGGUAUACUGUUAGAUCUUUUGGGAUUAGGCGUAAUGAGAAGAUUGCAUGCUAUGUUACUGUGAGAGGCGAGAAGGCAAUGCAACUUUUGGAAAGUGGUUUAAAGGUGAAGGAAUACGAGUUGUUAAGGAGGAACUUUAGUGAAAGUGGAUGUUUUGGCUUUGGUAUCCAGGAACACAUUGAUCUCGGGAUCAAGUAAGUUGCAAUUUAAUUUGUUUCUUUAAAUUUGAUUGAGCCCAGAAAUAAUUUGUAUCCACAUACGGUACGUUCCAUAUUGCGUGGAAAUGUUGAAAAUUUUGAAGAUUGGUUCCAAUUCACUGGUAUAGAGAAUCAAUGGCGGGAAUAUUCGUGCUGUGGUUUGAAAAUGUUGAUUAUUUAAAAAAAUACGGUUUGAAUAAAAAAUAUUCAUUAGUACUGAAAGAUAAAAUAAUAGUGCCCUGAGGCUUGAAUCAAUUUCAAUUCUUGUUCCGGUUGUGCACCUUUUUACAGCUAUCAGUGGAAACAUUUUGGUGUUAUCGUUCUUAUCCUACCGUUAACUCUAAAUGAUGCCCUUUUUGUACUCGUCAUGGGCCAAUCCGAUCAGUAUGAGGUGGGAACAUCCAAAUUCUAUGCCAUUAAAUUGGGACUUUGGUUGUCUUCUGAACUGCAUGAUCAUAUGUUAGGUAUGAUACUGCCUGUUGAUGAAAUAGAUUUUUCGUAAGUGCUUGUCUAAAGUUUCCUCAAAGUAUGUGUUUUUAGAUUCCAUCAUGUACGCUUUUAGAAGUCGGCCCUGUCAUACAAGAGGUUUGAAACACAUGGACUUUCAUUUUCUUGAACUUAACUGCCCUCUAUUUCCAUUAAUUGGCUGUGAUGAACUAUGCUUCUUCUGACACCUCUUGUAUGAGAAGGACUCUACCAUAGUCCUUCCUUGAGCAGAGUAGCAACUAUCUGAGCCAUCUUUUGCUCUUUUGCAGUUCUCUACUUAAUCAUUCCAUGAAUCCCUUAAUGCAACUAGCAUUAAAGGACUAGUCGUUCCUGAACACACUCAACACAUCCCUUAAUAGGACUACCCUCUACUUGCAUUAAUUGAACACACUCAACAUACCUUCUAUUUGCAUUAAUUGGGCUGUGACGAACUAUGCAUCUUCUGACACCUCUUGUAUGAGAAGGACUCUUCCAUAGUCCUUCCUUGAGCAGAGUAGCAACUAUCUGAGCCAUCUUUUGCUGUGUCGCAGUUCUCUACUUACUUGUUCCGUGAAUCCCUUAAUGCAACAAGCAUUAGGGGACUAGUCGCUCUUGAAUGCACUCAACAUAUUCUCUUUUAGUUGGACUACCCUCUACUUGCAUUAAUUGGGAUGUCUUGAACUAUGCAUCUUCUGACACCUCUUGUAUGAGGACUCUUCCAUAAUCCUUCCUUGAGCAUAGUAGCAACUAUCUGAGCCAUCUGUUACUGUGCCGUAGUUCUCUACUUGUUCCAAGAAUCCCCUAAUGCUAGUUGCAUUAAGGGACUAGUCGUUCUUGAACGCACUCAACAGACUCCCUUUAAUUGGACUGCCCUCUACUUGCAUUAAUUGGGCUGUGAUGAACUAUGCUUCUUCUGACACCUCUUGUAUGAGAAGGACUCUUCCAUAGUCCUUCCUUGAGCAGAGUAGCAACAAUCUGAGCCUUCUUUUGCUCUGUCGCAGUUCUCUAUUUACUCAUUCCAUGAACCCCUUAAUGCAAGCUGCAUACAAUCUGUCUUCCUCAAUUUUUUUCCUCAAUUUUUUCCUCAAUUGUUUCAUCUAUUCUCCUUGGAAACGAUAAUUCCCAAUACAUUUGCUAGAAUUUAUGGUCUCAGACCUCUCAGCUUGAAUAAGAAGCAAACGCCUGAGCCAUCUUCUGCUCUAUCACAGAUCAUUGUGUACUUUGUUCAAUGAAUGAAUGCUACAUAUGAAUUCCUUCCUCUUUUUUUUUUUAUCUAGUAGUUCAUAUUCUGCGUUGAUCUAGUAUCCUCCCCAAAAUUGUUAAUUGCGCAUUAAGUUUUUGUUCCUUAUAUCUUUAAAGCCCUCAUCUGGAGGAGUUUGAUGUUGUUUUUUUCAUAGACUGAAUUGGUGGUGAGCAGGUACGAUCCGUCCACAGGUAUCUACGGGAUGGACUUCUACGUAGUGCUGGAGCGCGCCGGGUACAGAGUUGGCCGUCGCCGCCGGUGCAAGUCUCGGGUGGGGAUCCAGCACCGGGUCACCAAGGAUGAUGCCAUGAAGUGGUUCCAGGUCAAGUACGAGGGCGUCAUUCUGAAUAAGGCCCAGAACGUGGGUCAAUAA